CGCAAUGAUUCUUGCUUGGUCGCUAGCUUCCCUCGUCGCGGAGUGAGGUGACGGGGCCGGCCGGAGGGAGCGGACAAACCGGCGAGCAGUUGCCUGGCCCUGGGAUAGGGAGAGAGAAAGGUCUGUGGUGGCCAAGAAGCGUCAGGGGAAGCGGUGGGGCUGCCUGCUUGCUUGGGCUGCGCUGGUGGUGACUGAGCGGGCGAGAGAGCGUGCGGCAUGGAUUGGGAUCUCAAGAUGCCGGGCUCUUGGGACCUGGCCGAGCUGGAGCACGACGGGGUGCCGGCCAUGGCCGCCCCCGCCGCGGCGGGCAUCGCCGCCGCGGCCGCGCGCGGGCCGCCGGGCCGCCCCGAGUGCUCCGUCGACCUCAAGCUGGGCGGGCUGGGGGAGUUCGGCCCCGCGGCGGACGGCGCGAUGAAGCAGCAGCAGCCGCCCGUGGCGACGGCCGCGGCGAACGGCCCGGCGGCGUCCUUGUCGGCGUCGGCGUCGAACGCCGCGGCGGUGGUGCCGUCGGCGAGCCCGCUGAAGCGGCCGCGCCCGGGGGCCGGCGGCGGCGGCGGCGCGGGGGCGGGGCACUGCCCGUCGUGCGCCGUGGACGGCUGCAAGGCCGACCUGAGCAAGUGCCGCGACUACCACCGGCGGCACAAGGUGUGCGAGGCGCACUCCAAGACCCCCCUCGUCGUCGUCGCCGGCCGCGAGAUGCGCUUCUGCCAGCAGUGCAGCAGAUUCCACUUGCUCGCCGAGUUUGACGAGGCUAAGCGUAGCUGUAGAAAGCGCCUUGAUGGGCACAACAGGCGCCGCAGGAAGCCACAGGUUGAUAGCAUGACUUCUGGGAGCUUUAUGACAACACAACAAGGUUUGUAUUCAAAUGCAGGGACAAGGUUCGCGUCCUUCUCCGCUCCAAGGCCGGAGUCAAGCUGGUCCGGGAUCAUCAAAUCCGAGGACAGCAAUCCAUACUACACCACCACUCACCAGAUCAAUUUCGCCGGCUCUUCGUCGUCCUACUCCAAGGAAGGCCGGCGCUUCCCCUUCCUCCACGAAGGAGACCAGAUGAGCUUCAGCACGGGCGCGGCGGCCCUCGAGAUCCCCCCCGUGUGCCAGCCUCUCCUCAAGGCCGUCGCGCCGCCGCCGCCGCCGCCCGAGAGCAGCAGCAGCAACAAGAUGUUCUCCGAUGGACAGUUGACGCACGUGCUCGACUCCGACUGUGCUCUCUCUCUUCUGUCAUCCCCGGCCAACUCCUCCAGCGUCGACGUCAGCCGGAUGGUCCGUCCAAGCGAGCACAUCCCCUCCGUCCCCAACCUGCAGCAGUUCAGCAGCUCCUCCUGGUUCGCCUGCUCCCAGGCCUCCAGCGCCGCCACCGGCUUCGCCGCCUUCGCCGGCGGCAUGGACGGCGAGCAGCAGCUCAACGCCGGUGGCGCGCUGGUCCCGAGCUCCAACGACAACGAGAUGAACUGCCACGGGAUCUUCCACGUCGGCGCCGACGGCUCCUCGGAGGGCACGUCGCCGUCCCUCCCGUUCUCGUGGCAGUAGAAGUCUUGAGUGAGCGUCAGAGGCUGUUCUUGGGUUCUUUUGGUGAUCAUCAGUAGCUAGCCGUGCCCGUUUUAGUGAUCAGGCCUACGUCCCGUUCUUUCUGUGUUUAUUCUCUCUCUUUUUCAUGUUUCUAUGUCUUGGACUUGAUCUCUCGCCAUCAGAAUGAAUAACUUUGCAUGAUUCAGAAGAAAAUCAUAUACUUAUGGAUUUCACU